GUUCAACUCGUUGUGCUUUGUUGUUUUUCUAGACUCGAUACGGUGAUUUUUUCGAACACAUCCCACUACUUAUACUGUAUUGUCCUUCUGUUUUCAGGUGAUGAUGAAGAUGGGGACCAAUCACGUGGAGAUACAACAACAAGAGCUGAAAAUAGAAGGUGUUUCGUUUAUAAAACCACAGGGACUUGGUUGCAAGGAAAAAUGUUUUUGCUCUCACAAGCAACUGGAGAUCCCAAAGAGCCCUAAUAAUGCCAUGGAGUUCUUGUGUCGAUCAUGGAGCCAUUCUGCCUCUGAUUUCCUAAAUAUAUUUUCAUCCAGGAAGAUCUUAGAACCUGGUGAUAUAAACAGAAUAGAAGAACAUGAAGAGCACGAAUAUGACAACAUGACUAACAUCCCAGGAAAGUAUAGAGCUACGAUCAAGGAGGACAACAUUCGGACUUGGCUGAAGGGGAAAUCCUUGAAAAGCUUCUUAAGAUCGCGAAAAGAGAAAAAGAAAGAGGAAACCCGACUCCGAACAUCGCAAUUACAUGCUGCACUUUCACUCACACAGCUUGCUGUAGCCAUUGCUGAAAUAAGCAGAGGAAAACAGGAUUUCACUCAAGUCGACAAAGGCACGUCUGGGGCAAAUGGUCGGGGUAUGGGUGAAGUAGUAGCUUCAGCUGCAGCUUUGGUAUCCACAGCAUUUGCUGAAGCAGCAGAAUCAUUGGGUGCACAAAAAGCCCAAGUUCAAGCAGCGGUUAAUUCCGGCAUGGCCAUCCAAACUCCAAUCGAUAUGAUCGCAGCGACAGCAACAGCAGCAACAUGUCUAAGAGGAGCUGCUAUUCUAAGAUCAAGAACCAUGUCGAACUCCCUUGCUAGCACCCAAGAGAUGAUCAGAAUGGAUGCUCAAAUAUGCAUAAUCAUGCCAUCAGGACGUAAAGAAUGCAGGAGGGUCAAUGUCUAUAUGAAGCAGAAACAUCUUACAGUGAUUUUCAGAAAGAAAUACUUCAGAGGAGCACUAGCAUCUUCCAAGGAGUAUAAGGUUGUCAGCAUUUUGGAGACUGGGGAACAUCAGGAAUACUCUUUUCUCAGUCUAAAGACAAACAAUGGUGUCAUUAAGCUGCUAUUUGAAGACAAGAUGCAAGCAAGAAUCUGGAUGUCGACAAUUUUUAAUCUCUUUGAGAUACACAGCCCCUACUGGCUAGAAAGGAACAAGGAUUAUCACUUGCACUCAUCUAACACCAUAGUUUGAUAAAUCCAAGAUCCCAGGUUGGAAAUCAGUUU